UUAGAUGGUAUUCGAAUUCAUUAGACAUAGAGACAUUCAGAAAACCUUGAUGCGUUGAUGGCUCGUGGGGAGAGUGGGCAAAAAUUCAAACAAACUCGAUCCUUUGGUUUCGAAGAAAAAGUAGUCCAGCGCUUGUGAUCAAAAUAAGGAUAAAUUAAGGAUCAAUUAAUCCUUAAGUCCUGAAAGUGAGGCAAGUGAAAAGUGAUGAGAAGCAAGUCAUUGAUAGAUUGAGAUCAAUGAUACAAAGAAAAGUAUAGGAACCAGACGAAAAAUUCCAUAAAAAUAUAUCCGGAUAAAAGAAAAGUUUGAGAUACUGCGGAAACAAUGGCAGGUUCAGAGGAUUUACAGCGUUUUUCUAACGCAAGUUCAUUAUCCAAGAACGGCAAUCGGACGGGCUCGUUUUCGCCCCCGUCCGAAGAAACACUGUUAACCAUAUUUAUUUUUCUUGUCCUUCUGGGACUGUCAAUCGUGGCUAUGAACUCCCUCGUAAUAGUGCUUGUUCAUAAGAAUCGAUUUCUCCGAACUACGAUGAACUAUUCGUUAGUCAGCCUCGCAUUAUCGGAUCUGCUAUCUGGACUUGUGGCGAUCCCGCUGAUCACCCUCUGUAACUAUACACACGACAACUAUGUGUGUACGGCCAUGGACUUGACAAGCAGGUUCCUUUGCCUCUCCACGAUUCUACAUUUGCUAAGCAUUGCACUUGAGCGAUAUAUCUUCAUUGUGCAUAAACUUAACACUGAGGUUGUUACACCUAUAAUUGUGUACCUACUUCUAUCGUGCAUUUGGUUGUUUUCCCUAGCGAUUACUCUUGUACAACUGGUAUGGAUCGACGUUGACGCCGCGAACCUUACGAAACCUGGAAUGGCUUACACGGAGAUGAUCUACAAUGCUGUAUUCGUGUUCGUUCUGGUAUUCCUUCCCAUCCUCUUCAUUAUCUACUCUUAUGUGCGGAUCUACAUCGUACUGCGAAAAACAAACAAGACCAUCACAAAACAGGAAAACUGCAUUCAAUCAGAGAUUGUAAAAAUAACGCGUGCCCGGUUCCGACAGGUAAAAGAAAAGCGAGCUUUAUUCGUGUUUAUUGGAAUGUUUUUUAAUUACGCACUCGGUUGGUUUCACUACUUUAUCGGCGGACUCAACAGAGACAUUACGGAUGUUGGAGGAAGCCUAAUGCCCCCUGUACCCUUUUGGUUGGAUAUUGUGUUUCUGUACGCAAGAUUCUUAACAUCUCUCAUCAACCCACUACUGUACACAUUCUUCAAAAUGGAUUUCAAGCAGGCGAAGCAAUCGUUUUUAAGAAAAAUAUGUUCUAGAGAGCGAGCCAGAGAGCAAGCGGAAGACACAGAGCUACAGGGCUGGUGGAAAGGCUUGAAAAGGAUUUCUUUUGCAAGAAGUAGUCAAACAACAUUGACAACUACACUUUAAUGUGAGUUUCCUUGACAACAGUGGCGGAUUCAUAUAGGAGUUCGGCUCCAGUGCCCCCUCUUUAAUUUUAGCCAACGUUUCACGUAUGCAAGCAGUCUAAUAUUGCAUGCAGAACGAAAGCGGGCGAUAAAAGUAGAUAAAAAGAUCUUGCUCUAAGUAUUGAUGGUGAGCCUUGAAACAGAGAGCGCAGAAGAACGUCAGGCGCGUCACAGGGGGGUGCGCAUCCCCCCCCCUUGGCGGCCAAAAAGUUGGUCAUUCCUUAUUAGGGAAUCUUCAAAUACUAUGCUUUUCCGUAUGAUACCAAUCCUGGGUACUUGCCUGGCAGAGUGUGCUUAGAGGGUGAUUCCGAGAACAAAAAGAAAACUAAACCUCGCAUCAUCACUAGACUCUAGGGAUUCUCUCUCGCAAGAA